AUGGAUAGUGCCGCAGCUACUGCAGUUGCUGCUGCUGCUGCUGCUGCUCGAGGCAUUCUGCGUUGCAGCCUGGCGCAGACCAACAGACCAGCAGCAGCAGGAGCAGGUGCUGCUGCUGCUGCUGCUGCAGAUACAGCAGUAACUGCAUCACGAAUAUCCUACUGCUCAGGCCACAUACCCCUUCAAAGGAGAUAUCACACAGCAGCAGCAGCAGCAGCAGCAGCAGCAGCACAACUGCGGCGGAGAGGAUCGCGAGCCGCUGGGCUGCCUGCUGUUCCCGCUGCUGCUGCUGUUUGCUUCUGGAGCUGCUCUGCAGCAGCACCGGCAACAGCAGCAGCAGCAACAGCAGGUUUGGGGAAGACAAGGCCGCUGCUGCAACAAUCUAGGGCCGUUAGCAGCAGCACCAGUGGUCACAGCAGCAGCAGCAGCAGCAGCAACAGCAGCAGCAGCAGUAGCUGCAAUGGUGCCAGCGUGGAUUGCCCAGAUGAGCACCAGCAGCAGCUGCAGCAGCUGCAGCGGCAAGCAGCACGACUGUCUUCUCUGCCUCCUGCUGCGCUGCUGCAGUUCCUGCAGCAGCUGCUGCUGCUGCGAUGCUCCUCAGUAGAGCUGCUGCAGCAGCUGCUGCCGCUGCUGCAGCGCGCUUCUGCUGCCCUUCCUGUAGAGCAGCUAAGUGCUGCUGCUGCUAUUCUGUCUGCCCUCUGCAGCAACCGGCGUGCGGCGCUGCAGCAAUGUCAGCGGGACCUCGAGCAGCAGCAACAGCAGCAGCAGCAGCAGCAGCAGCAUUCUAAGUCAAGGGAAAAGCUUGCAAGGCGGCAGAUCAGCAUGCUGCAGCAGCAGCUGCUGCAGCUGCAGCUCUUUGAAAAACAAUUGCGGGGGUUCAUUGGUAGCACUGCGCUGCAGUUUGCCCAGCAGCAGCAGCAGCAGCAACUGCUGCUGCUGCAGCAGAACCCUCCCCAAGUUAUUGAGCUGCUGCACCGCCGAGCCUCAGCUGUCUGCUGCUUGCUGGACGCGCUGCAGGGGCUUCCUUUUGCUGCUGCAGAGGCAGCAGCAGCAGAGCGCAGUGUUGCAGCAGCAGCAGCAGCAGCGCUGCAGCAGUUCACAGCAGCGGAGCAGAAAGCAUCUGCAGUUGCUGCUGCAGCAGCGCAGCAGCUGGAGCUGCUGCAGCAGCUGCCUGCACGAGUGGCCCGCAUCAUUGGGGCCUUCCUGUCGGGGCCCCACAGCAGUAGCAGCAGCAGCAGCAGUAGCAGCAGCAGCAGGGACAGCCUCUGCAGCAGCGAAGCAGUGAGCCACAGCCUUGCUGCUGCUGCUGCUGAGGCUGCUGCAGCGCUGCUGGCCCUGCAACAUCGCUUCCUCGCUGCUGCCAGCAGCUCAGCAGCGGUGCAAGGGCUGCAGCAGCAGCAGCUGCAGCAGCAGCCGAAGCAGCAACUGCAUUCCGGCGACCAAUUUACCGAAGGUAGCAACAGCAGCAACGGCGGCAGCAGCUGCAGUAACAGCAGCAGCAGCAGCAGCAGCAACAGCAGCAGCAGCACUGAGACGUGGGACCUCACGGAGACAUAUCGUCUUGUGGCUCUUACUUUUAGAGAAGCAACAAAAGCGCAAGUGGACCUCUGGAAGCCCUUAAAGGUAGUUUGCUGCAGCUUUGCUGCCCUUCCUGCUGCUGCUCGUGCGGCUGCGACGGAGACAUGCUGCUGCUGCAGUGAUGGUUCUCUUUGGCUCGCAAUUCUUGCUGCUGCUGAUGAUGCAGCACCUGCAUUUGCAGCAGCAGCAGAAACAGCAGCAGCAGCAGCAGCUGGAGACGCAAUAGACGUGAAUGCGGCGGGCAAUGAUGCUGGCCCCGCGCCCCUGGCUGCAGCAGCUCACAGCAACUGCAGCAGCAGCAGCAGCAGCAGCAAAGUGGUGGAAGGGAAACAGGCGGGCUUCAGAAGCGGGAGACGCCGGCGGUUUGCUGCCCCCGCUGCAGCAGCAGCAACGUCAGCUGCAGCAGCUGCAGCAGCUCUGCCCCGUCGGUUUGUUGCUGCUGCAUCUCACGGGUUUGAAAUACCUCUUUUUGAAACUGAGUUGCUGCUGCUGCGCUGCCUCCUUAGGAACUCUGCAGACGCAUCUGCAGCAGCGCAAACCCCGCAGCAGCAGCGGCAGCAGCAACAGCAACAGCAAACGCGUCAGCAGCAGCAGCAGCAGCAGCAGGGGCAGCCGCUUCAACUGCAGCUGCAGCGGCUGUCGACGAAGGCUCUGUCGCAGCUUCUACUGGCUACAGCUGAAUUGCUGCGGGCUAAUGAGGUGCUGCAGCAGCCAGCAGCAGCAACAGCAGCAGCAGCAGCACCAGCAGACAAGGGUGCAGCUGACGACAUUACUGCUUUUGCUGCUGCUGCAGUUGCUGCAGCAAUGCCAGAGUGCUGGCGCUGCUCCCCUCGAGAUGUGCUGCGGAUGCUGCGGAGCAUAGAAGGGCUCCGACCUGCAGUGAAGUUCCAGCAGCAGCAGCAGCAGCUGCAGCAGCAGCAGCGGCAGCGCGUGUCACGCAGGGACAGCAGCAGCAGCAGCAGCAGCAGCAGGCCAGAGCUGCAGCCGCAGCUGCUGAUGUUCUUUGGAAACCUCUUGAUGCGGUCUCUACAAGCAGCAGACCAGAGCCCGACAUGCGUGGUCAGACUAUGCGAGCCUGCUGACAUUCCGCGGCUGUAUGCUUUCGUUUGCUGCUGGUUGGAGCAGCUGCAGCAGCAGCUGCUGCUGCUGCCUCAUCAACCGCAGCAGCAGCAGCCAGAACAGGAGCAGCAAAAGCACCUGUGGCAGCCGUUGCCUGCAGCUGAAGAAGGCAGCACUUCCCCAUUUUCUUUAUGUUUGACCCCUAAGACAAAGGCCGCAGCAGCAGCAGCAGCAGUAGCAGGGCCAGCAGCAGCAGAAGCCCCUUUAAGGGAACCCAAGGCUGCAGCAGCAGCAGCAGCAGCAGCAGCAGCAGCAGCUCUGCUGACGACAGAGCGGCUAUCUCCGCUCGUGUGGCUUGCGCCGUUGCUACAGAAAAUUGAAGCAGUAGCAGCAGCAGCAACAACAGCAGCAGAGCAGCAGCAGCCGAAACUGCUGUACCUGCUGCUGGACUUGCUGCCGCCCCUUAGAAAAAGCAUUGCGGUGCUGCAGCGGGUGACUCCAAAGGAAGCUGCUGGCUACCGCAGCAGCAACAGCAGCAGCAGCAGCAGCAGCGGGAAGUCUCCCUUUUGGGUAUUUGUGGGACCGACUCAUGGACUAUCAGAAGCUGCUGCAGUGCUGCGGCCCUCCGUGUGCAGCAGCUGCAGCAGCAAGGGCAGCAGCAGCUGCUGCUGCGGCGCAGCAGACAUAGAGCUUGCCUUAGACGUUGUUCUAGGCUCUUUGAAGUUUGCAUGCGUUGCUGCUGCUGCUGCUGGCAGCAGAAAUGUUGCCCUGGCCAUCACAGACGCAGUUGCUGCCCCAGCAGCAGGAGCAGCAGCAGCACCCGCUGCUGGUGCUGCUGCUGGAGCAGCAGAAACGCCCCUGCCACCGGCAGCUGGGGUGCCAGCAGCAGCACCACCAGCAGCACCACCAGGAGCAGCAGCAGCAGCAGCAGCAGCAGCAGCAGCAAACCCGUAUUGGGGCCCAAAGGCUUUGGGAAAACGACUUUCUCCUCCUGUGUCCAGCAGGGCUUCAAGGCUGGCGGUGGCGCUGCUGUGUUACCGUGCUGCAGUGCGAGUUGCUGCUGCUGCUGCUGCUGCAGAUGCUGCUGACGCAAGAGCAGCAGCAGCAAGGGCAGCAGCAGAAGCAGCAGAAGACAGACUGUGUCAGGGCAAGGGGGCUGUGCAGCGUCUCCACAGAAGAGAAGUGGCAGCAGCAGCAGCAGCAGCUGCUGCUGCUGCUGCUGAAACAGCCGCAGGAACUGCAACAGGAGCACCCGCUAAGACAGCAGCUGCAGCAGCAACAGCUGCGCUGCUGCAGCAGCAAGAUGCUGCAGCACAGCGGCUCCUCGUGCGGCGGUUUCUGCUGCGUGCUGUUCUGGCCCUACGUAGCUGCUGCAGUGCGCCGCCCACGUUUGAACAGCUGCAGCAGCAGCACGUGCUGCUGCAGCAUCAGCAGCAGCAGCAGGAGGAGAAGCAACGAGAGGUCUGCUCGGGGCUCAAAGCAAGUGAAACUUCCCAAACUGCAGCCCUCGCUCCUGCUGCUGCAGCGGCUACAGCCGCUGCUGCUGCUGCUCCGGGACCAGCGCCACCAGGGCAGCUGCUGAUGGAAGGUCUUCGCUACGUAGCAGCAAGCCGCAGCAGCAGCAGCAACAGUAGCAGCAGCGCUGUUGCUGCUGCUGAUGCUGCGUGGGAACAUCAGCGGCUGCUGCUGCUGCGCCGCCUGCAGGGAAAGCUGCUGCGGUGUCACAUGAGCCUCGCCCAGCUGCAUCUUUCUCGGUUGCGUGUCGACGCAGCAGCAGCAGCAGCAGCAGCAGCAGCAGCAGGCUCUGGCGAUGCGGAAGUUCAGCGAAACGCUGACCCCAGCAGCAGAAGCAGCAACAGCAGCAGCAUCAGUGCUAUUUUAUCUGAGUUGGAAGGCGCCGGGAGGGGCCUCCGUCACCUGCUGCUGGCGUCUUGCUUCAUACGUCCUUGCGAGGGCAGCAGCAAGAGCAGCAGCAGCAGCAGCAGCUGCAGCUGCUGCAGCUGCUGUGGCGGGCUGGGGGACGCAGACAGCGCGCUGCUGUAUAAGUCUGUUUACUUGUCGGUGGCUGAAGUGUUUGUGGUGCUUGCCCAGGCACUGCUGAGCUCGAAGCAGCAGCAGCAGCAGCAGCAACAGCAGCAGCAGCGGGCAGCUGGUGCUGCGGGGGGUCCAGUCACUGACGUUGCUGCUGCUGCUGCUCUUUUCGAGGCCAUCGGGAGAGACCUGGAUGCUUUACCAGCUUGGUGUGCGCCUCUUGUGCAGUGCAGCAGCAGCUGCAUGGGUGCAGCAGCAGCAGCAACAGCAGCUGCUGCCAGCAACAGCGGCAGCAGCAGCAGCAGCAGCGGUGGCAGCAGCCAUGCCCUCUGGGGGCCCCCGCUGCUGCCCUGCUGCUCCGCUACUGUGCCGCCGGACAAGGAGCUGCUGCUGAACAACGGGGUGGCUUUUUGCUUGCGGGUGCUGCAGCAGCAGCAGCAGCAGCAGCAGCAGCGAAAGCACAGCUCGAGCCCCCGUCGCUACAGCCCUGGCACGAAGUCAGCGGACAGCAGCAGCAGCCACCAGCAGCAGCACGACGGGCAGCAGCAGCAGCAGCAGCAGCACCUGGAAAGGUGCCUAGACACCCGAGCGCAGCAGCUGAUGGCAGCAGCUUACACAGCACUGGGGUGUCUGUACACCUCAACUGGCAGGCGAACUCGAGCGCUCAUUCAUGCCAAACAGGGAGCAGCACUGUUUGCUGCUGUGGGGGACGCCAUUAGUGCUGCGCGCAUGCAACUGCUGCUCAGCUGCAUGAAGCUGCACCCACUGCUGCUGCCGGGCAAGCAGCAGCAGCAGCAGCAGCAGCAGCACCAGUGCGAUCUAGAUCCCCCUACUAUUGCUGCUACAGUUGCAUGCAGCAAAGGCCGCUGCGACCCUCAGCAGCAGGAGCUAAUGCAGCAGGAGCUGCAGCUUCUGCAGCGGCAGUUGGCGUCUCUAGAGUCGAUAGGGAACGAGCACGCAGCAGCAGCUGCUGCAGCAGCAGCAGAGGCGGAAGACGAGUUCUUUCAGCCGAAGCAGCAGCAGCAAGCUGCAGCAACCGCAGCAGCAGCAGCGGCAACAGCAGCAGCAGCAGCAGGACUUGCUGACGAAUGCCGCUGUCUGAUGGCAGCCUUGCAUUUGCGCUUAGCGGAGCAGGAUCUGCUGCACGCAGCAGCAGCAGCGGGAGCAGAAGCAGCAGAAGCAGCAGCAGCAGCUGCUGCUGCUGCUGCGAGGAUUACAACAGCAGCAUGGAGGCCCAGUGCUGCACCAUGCGAGACAGCAGAGCUUCUGGCUGUCGUGUCUGUGCUGCUGCUGAGCAGAACUAGCCUCAGCAGCAGCAGCAGCAGCAGCAGCAGAAGCAUGCUGCAGCAGGGCGUCGGAAGCAGCUGCUGCCUCAUAGAUAAGGACAGGCUGCAGCAAGCACAGCAGCACAUUGACAAGGCACUGCAGCUGUCUUCUGCGAAUCCCCACAAUGCGCUGCAGCAGCAGCAGCAGCAGCAGCAGCUGCUGCUGCUGCGUGAGGGUCUGCAUUGUCUGGCAACUGCAACUCUUGCAGCAUCCUUGGCGCUUCCUCUGUAUGAGGAAUUCCAGGAGCAGCAGCAGCAGCCGCAGAAGCAGCAGCAGCAGCGGCGCCACAGAGGACGCUUGCUGCAGGUAGUGGGACGAAGGCUGGAGGAGGCGCAGCAGCAGCUGCAGCAGUGGCUCCUGGUUUGGGGUGGGCCUCACUGGCAGCAGCAGCAACAGCAGCAGCAGCAACAGCAGCAGCAGCAGCAGUAUGCGCAGCAGCUCUUUGAGCGGGCGUACAGCUCCUUCGCUGGCUGCUGCUGCGCUUUAGGCGCAGUGAGAGCAGCCCAGGCGGGGAAGUGGAAAAUAUGCCAGCAGCAGCAGCAGCAGCAGCAGCAGCAGCAGCAGCAGCAGCAGCAGCAAGCGUUGCAUGCUAUUCGGGCGAUUGCGGGGAUCGGCAUGCUGGUAGUACCUUUCCUAGCGAGCAGCAAGUGCAACCGCAGCAGCAGCAGCCGCAGCAGAAUGUUGCUGCUGCAGCAAGACGCGGUUGCUGCCCGCGCUGCAGCGGAUGAGGCAGUGACUCAGGUUUUGCUGCCGCCAGCAGUGGCUGCUGCAGCAAGCUCGCUGUUGCUGCUGCUGCAUGCAUUUGUCGCAGCAGAUGGCAGAAUCAAAGCAGCUGGAGAAGGACGAGCAGCAGCAGCAGCAGCAGCAGCAGCAGGACAAGUCACUUCGCGCCGCAGCAGCCUCAGCUGUGCUGUGGCCAGCAGCAUCCUCGCAGACCUGCAGCAGCAGCUGCUGCUGCUGAACCCGGAAACAGCACGCAGCGCAGCAACAGCAGCAGCAGCAGCAGAUACAGCAGAUGCCAGCUGUGCAGCAACGGGUUCCUUUAGCAAGCGUUUGCUUCUUUUGCAGCAGCACCAGCGGCAGCAGCAGCAGCAGCAGCAGCAGCAGCAGGCGCUGCUGCUGAAUGCAUGCUUCCAGUUGAUUUCUUGCGACGCAGACUCUGAGCAGGCUGCUCCAGAGUAA